AGGAGGACGACAGAGAGGAGGAGCGUGCUGUGAAGCGAAGUAUAGGCUCCUCAAUUUCCAACUUAGCAUCUUGGCAUACGCGACUAGUUUUUCCCAUGCAGGGCAGGCGAAGCCCCCCUAAAAAGUCUGCUUGACGGCCGAAAGCAAAAUAGUCAAGGGGGCACUACAAGAGAGGAGCUGCAACUUUCACGAGAAAAAAACAACAACUGGAGAAAGAAAAGAUUUUUUAUUUGGGGGGAGGAGGAGGAGGCAGCAGGUCUCCACACACCGCUGUCUCUAUGCGCCCAUGAGAGGCUGAGGCGGGGAAAACAAGCAAGGGGAAAAGGCACAAAAAAAAGUGGAGGGGAGACAGUGUUAAACUUGCCGCAGCUAUGGCGUACCCUCAGGGCUACUUGUACCAGCCGUCCGCCUCCCUGGCCCUUUACUCGUGCCCGGCAGCCUACGGCACCAGCGUCAUCUCGGGACCCAGGACGGAGGAGCUCGGUCGGUCGUCUUCUGGCUCCGCGUUCGCACCCUACGCGGGAUCUACCACCGCUUCAACCGCGGCCGUCGCCGCCGCGGCAGCCGCGGCCGCUUUUAGUGGCGCUUCGCCCGGCUACAACUCGCACCACUUGCCGUACGGUGCGGACGCGGCAGCGGCUGCGGCGGCCACCUUCACCUCGUACGUGAGUUCGCCCUACGAGCAUUCCACGGGCAUGGCUGGCUCUAUCGGGUACCACCCGUACGCGGCGCCGCUGGGCUCCUAUCCGUACGGCGACCCGGCCUACCGCAAGAACGCCACGCGGGACGCCACCGCCACGCUCAAGGCUUGGCUCAACGAGCACCGCAAGAACCCGUACCCGACCAAGGGCGAGAAGAUCAUGCUGGCUAUUAUCACUAAAAUGACCCUGACCCAGGUCUCAACUUGGUUCGCCAACGCUCGCCGGAGGCUCAAGAAGGAGAACAAGAUGACGUGGACACCACGCAACCGCAGCGAGGACGAGGAGGAGGACGAGAAUAUCGACCUAGAGAAGAACGACGACGACGACGUGACUCCUAAUAAUAACAAUAAUAAUAACUUCAAACCCACCGGAGACCAGACCCAAGAAUCCUCGGAUGCUGAAGCAGAUGCCAAAGCGCUGCACCCCGUGGACUUGGGUUGUGAUCGCUUCAAGGAGGACCCCCUGCACCCCAAGGACGUGGACCCCAUCCUCAGCGACUCUGAGUCCAAAGACCCAGAGGACUCACAGGAGCGGACUAGGGACUUGUUGUUGGAUUCUUCUUCUUCAGCCUGCGGCGGCAAGCCCACCACGUCGUCACCACGCUCGGUGGGGGCUCCGUCGUCGGACCUGAGCCACGCGCCCACCUCCGUCAUCCACUCCCCCCCUUCGGCUCCUAAACCCAAACUGUGGUCCCUUGCGGAGAUCGCCACCUCGUCGGACCGGUGCAAAAGCAGCGGGGAGACGCCGCAACUGCAGCGGUGUGAGCAGCAGCCUUGCCCGGUCGUCAUGGGCCCCGCAUCGGGCUCCCCUUCCCGGUCCUCCCCUGGUGUUCUCUCGCGGCCCCUCUAUUAUGCGUCGCCCUUCUACCCGGGCUACACGAACUACCACGGGACCACUUUCGGACACCUCCACGGCUCCGGCCCCAGCAGCACCCCCUCCUCCACGGCGCACUUCAAUGGAUUAAGCCAGACUGUGUUAACUAGAGCCGAGGCUUUGGUGAGGGAGAGCCACAGAGUGAGGGGCCAAACGCAGGUAGAGCUUUGUAAAGACACCCCUUACGAACUGAAGAAAGGUAUGUCAAACAUUUAACAGUUCAGACAAAAAGACUUUUUUUUCUAAUUUAUUUGCAAAAUGAAAAAAAAAAUCCCACAUUUGAACAUUAUAUUCUCCCCCAUUCAUCGGAGAAAAAAUGUUUAGUUUCUCAACGAGUGUAUUACGAGAAUGGUCUUAAAGGCUCCAGCCGAAGUUAUUUGUAUUAAACAUGUAUAUUUAAUGUAGCAUUUUUUUGUAUUUAAGAAAAUGGACAACAUGCUAUCUUUGAAGUAAAUUAUGGAGAGAGGAAAAACUAUAUAAAUAUAUUUGUGCAGCGGUUCUUUUGUGGG